AUGCAAGCGCAUACUGACGCUCCUGAAGACAGAAGGGAGCACUUCAACAACAACACUACCGAUCGCGACGGCUGUGCGAGAAAUGAUGGACACGAGCUUUGCAGCAGUAAGGAGACAGAGGAGGAGAAACUUCGAUCCGUGCUCCAUCUCCGUCAACAGGAGGUUGAAGCCAGGCUUCUUAUGCAGCUCGACGAUCAUGACGUCGCUACAGGUGCAGAGUACCCAUCAAAUGAAGCGACAACACACGCACCAGCUGCAAUCCCCAUCGACUCAAAGAAGUCGAAGUUGACUCAGUGGAUAGAGCAGUUCGAAGCGCAACAGCGCGGUCAAGUGCAAGACGAGCACGAGCGAGACCCGGAGGCGUCGCAGGUGUCGCACUUGACUGCGUGGUUGGCCACGUUUUAG